UCUUUUUUUUCUCUCUCUCUCUCUCUCUCUCCUCUUUUCUAUUUCUUUUUAUUUCUCUUCUUUACUUUCGAGUCGCAUAAAAAUCAGAGAGAAAGAAAGAACGGAAGGAGAGAGAGUGGAGGAAAGAAGAGAGAAAGGAGGAGAGGCGUAAAAAGACUAAAUUGUCCUUGGCUUUUUUUUGAAAUUACCCUUUCUUCUUCUUCUUCUUCUUUUGCGUCAUCGUCACCAUCUUAGUCUCUCUCUCGCCGUAGAUUUUUCUUUUCGUUUCUCAAACAUGAACGAGAAGGCCAACGUUUCCAAGGAGCUCAAUGCGAGACACCGAAAGAUUAUUGAAGGUCUUCUUAAAUUGCCAGAGAAUAGGGAAUGUGCUGACUGCAAAUCCAAAGGUCCAAGAUGGGCAAGUGUGAAUUUAGGUAUCUUUAUAUGCAUGCAAUGUUCUGGGAUCCACAGAAGUCUUGGGGUACACAUAUCAAAGGUUCGAUCUGCUACCCUGGACACAUGGCUUCCUGAGCAGGUUGCUUUUAUUCAAUCAAUGGGAAAUGAGAAGGCAAACAGUUACUGGGAAGCUGACUUGCCCCCUAAUUAUGACAGAGUUGGAAUUGAGAACUUCAUCCGUGCGAAGUAUGAGGAAAAGAGAUGGGUUUCUAGAGAUGGAAAAUCCAAAUCACCGCCUAGAGGGUUGGAUGAAAGGGCUCCUUCACGUUGGCAGAGACCUACAGAAAAAAGCGGCCAUGGGCACAUUAGUAAUUCUGAGAAUUCAUUUGAGGAAAGGAGGAACAUUCAAGCAUCUAGCAGAAAAGAAAAUCUUCCUGCAACAAGAGUUAGUCUUCCUGCCCCUCCAAAGGGAUCUGAUCAGGUUAAGCCCAUCAAGAAGCCUGAAUCUGUUGUUCAGAAAACAGAACCGGUUGUUGCACCAGCUGAGGCAACAAAGCCUGCUGUAGUGACUGCUUCCACUGUCACGCCCCCUAAAUUUGAUUAUGCUACAGACCUUUUCAACAUGCUUUCCAUGGAUGAUGGUCCAAGUGAAAAUGGUUCUGGGGCUGCUUCUAGUGAUGAUCAUAAUUGGGCUGGUUUCCAGUCUGCUGGAGAAGCUUCCGCAACUGACAAAACCGAUCCACCAAAAGCUGCUGAGAAGAAUACCCAGACUGCUACUCGAAUUGAGGAUUUGUUUAAUGAUUCGCCUCCAUUAACAACCAACCAAGUCCCAGAGAAGCCCCAACAAGAUGUGAAAAAUGAUAUUAUGAGCCUUUUUGAAAAGUCCAAUAUGGUGUCACCUUUUGCAAUGCAUCAACAACAACUAGCUUUCCUAGCACAGCAACAGUCCAUUCUGAUGGCUGCUGCAGCUAAAUCUGCUCCUGGAAAUACUCAACAGCCUCAAUCCAACGGUGCAAGCAUACCCACUCAACAACAACUAGCUUUCCUAGCACAGCAACAGUCCCUUCUCAUGGCUGCUGCAGCUAAAUCUGCUCCUGGAAAUACUCAACAGCCUCCAUCCACCGGCACAAGCAUACCCAUUCAACAACAACUAGCUUUCCUAGCACAGCAACAGUCCCUUCUCAUGGCUGCUGCAGCUAAAUCUGCUCCUGGAAUUACUCAACAGCCUCCAUCCACCGGCACUAGCAUACCCACUCAAACUUGGCCAAACAUUGGCUAUCAAAUACCUGGAAUGAUGGUGCCAGUUGCUGGGCAGGCUGAUCUGCAGAAAUUUAUGCAGACAAUGAAAAUGGGACAGACACAGCAAGUGGGAAACUCUGUUGCUAAUCCAUCAUCGAGCUUUUAUGCAUUCGGGCAAGUUACCCCUGUAAAUGGUGUUGCAACCACCGGAGCAAGUAAGCCUCAAUCAGCUUCCCCAAUUCCGUCAGGAAAUUCUUCACAAUCAGGAAAGGAUUAUGAUUUUUCAUCAUUGACACAAGGGAUGUUCACAAAACAGUAAGUUGCGUCGAGGGUAAUGAUUGCUGGCUUUGUCAUACCAUACCAAAAUAGUUAUUUUACAGGAAAUUAGAGCUUCGGAAAGGUUUGGGGGGCAUUGUAAACUAUUUGUAGAUGCCGUUUCAGUGUUAUGUUUUUUUCUCCAUAUUUUGGAUGAUGGCUUCAUUUGUAUGAGUAGAUUUAUGCAAGCAUCUAAUAAAAAUGAGUUUAGAGUGAAUUGGAUUUAUCAUUCCUUCUUAAACAUGCUUC